GGAGCCGAGCCGAGAGGAGCCGCUCCAUGACAGGAGCCUUUAGAAACACACUGGGAAACAAAAGAAACUAUUGUAGGUUGACCUUUUCUUCCCCUGCCAGCAAGAAGUAAACAAACAUCUGGUGUUUACGGUUGUGUCAUUUUACGCAAGCAAAAGCGACAGGAUGAAAAGUUCAGGCUUUUCUUCUAAAGUUGGAAACAGUUUCAGCCUAACGGAGGCCCUGAGGACCUGAAGGACACAUGCCUGAAACAGAACAAUUAUUACACCAUCAGGAAUUUGUUCAAGAGAUGAAAACAUGGCAGCUGAAGGUGCUAAGUCCUUCCAUCGCGUUGGAAGUCUCAUGCGGAGUAAAUCUGAGAGCACACUGAUUGAUCUUAGUGAUGCUUGUCCAACCAGUGACAACCUGAAAGGUGGCUUACUAGGAAGGACACAAACGUCGGACUGGCAGCUUUCACAUCCAGAAGUUUUAAAGUCAUCUCAAAUACAAAACCCCUUUUGGAAGAAAUUAUCUGAAUCAAACCCAUUCCUUGAUGACAUUGUUCACAACAACACAGACAAACAUGAUUCCAACACAUCAGAUGGGAAACAAGAUAGUACAGGACAUCUGGACAUUAACAAUGAGGAUGCCUAUAGCACUUCUUCUGAUGAAGGCAACGUGGGGAACUUUUUGGAAAACAAGCACAAAGUGAGUAAUCGUUCUGGCAGAUGGAGAAGUGCUUCAGACAUCUUGGACGAUCUGGAAAGAAAAGUGCCAAAAAACUGUUUCAAACCACCUGAACCUGUGCUGAACCCAGACUUUGAGUGGCUGAAGAAUGACAGAGAGGCCUAUAAGAUGGCCUGGCUGAGCCACAGACAGCUAACUAGAUCAUGCUUGGACUUAAAAGUGAUAAGCCAGAGCCCCGGAUGGUCUCAGACCCAGGCCACUAACUUUCAAGUUAUCUCCAAUAUCGACCACAGAGGAGGAUCAGUUCAGUUACCAGAAUCUAAAAUCAUCAUCCACAUUCCCCAAGGAUAUGUGCCCCCUGGAGAAGUGCAGGAAGUUACACUGAAAGCAAUGUUGGACCCUCCUCCUGGACUCAACAACAACUACAUAACAACCAUGAGUCCACUUCUAGAGGUGCUCCUUAGCUACAUCAACACAAAGGAAUGUUUGUCUGUGGAGAUGAAAUUGUCUGGAGAGGUCAAGGACGAUCCGGAGUGUCAGGUGAUGACCACUGUGUAUGGACUGGUGUCCAACAAAAGAGAGGGGCCAUAUGUGAAAAUGAGCAACUGUGACAUUCACAAGAACAUGAUGCACAUGAAACUCCAGGACUUAAAGACACAUUUUUUUGCAAUUGCUGUUGCAGAGACUAUGGUGCUAAAAUCACCUGCCACAUCUGUUUGGGAUUACCUGGACCGCCACAUUGCCAUCGCCAUCUAUGGCCCGAGGUUCAUCCAUCCUUCCUUCAAGGUUGUAAUAGUUGUCUGCUGUCAUGAGGAUGUUCCACCUAAGCUUCCCUUUUCAGAUAUCUGCAGGGGCAACAAAACCCUGCCUCCACUUGUGCUGCAGCUCUGGGGUAAACAUUCUUUUAAGCCAGAUGUACUGAAUGACUUUUCCGUUGAGGUUGGCAUCAAAGGCUCAGUGUUUAAAAUCAAACCUGAGGAUAAAGUAAAACAAGUGAGACAGAAAAGGCUCAAGGUAGGGACUGUUUUGCAUCUUCCAGUUGCGUUAUCUUGUUCCGGCACCACAGAAAUGACUCCCUUUGUGUUGGAUGUACAAGUGAAGGAACCAAGCUUGUCUUCAGCAACUUCCCAUUUCCAGGUGCCUUCUCCUCUUGCAGCACCCAUCAGAUCUGAGAAGAGGUUGCCAAGGCAUGUGGAAAGAAAGACAGAAAUAGCAAAGACCAUGCCUAUACCUGAAGAAAGUGAUCCUGAUUUUACAAAAUUCCCAAACAAACCUGUGGAUGUUCAGUGGUAUGGUGUUGCCCUGAAGUCAGUCAUUCGUCAGCCUUAUGUGGAUUACCUGCUGGAAUACUUCAAAGGUGACACUGUGGCGCUUCUUUCCAAAGACACUGUCAGGUCAGUUGGUAAUUUCAAGGUCAAAGAGUGGUACAUUGGAUUCCUAAGAGGAAAAAUCGGCUUGGUUCACUAUAAAAAUAUCAGACUCAUUACCAAGGAUCAGGUGAUUGGCCUCACCAGUGUUGAUUCUUGCUUCACCACAGAGAUCCUCUUAACCAACAUGACGGUGCCCUUCAAGAAGCUGACAUACAUGUAUUCGGCCAUCCAGACGUUGGUCACUGAACACAUCACAAGCUGGAGAAGUUUUGCAGAUGCUUUAGGGUAUAGAGGCCAGGCUGUGGACACAAUUACACGUAGAAAUGCUGAAACUGAAGCUGAUAAAGUGUCCAGUGUUCUGGAAAAGUUAAAAGAAGAUUGCCAUACUGAUAAGGACAGGAAAAAGUUUCUGCAUGAACUAAUACUGGGGCUGCUGAAAAUGAACACUGUGCAUCUUGUGGCAAAGGUCAUUCAGAACACGGUCAUUCUGUCUACUGCCGUGGAGUUGGGGAUCCGAUGGCGGGAGCUUGCUGAGAAAAUGGAAAAACUGUCCAGCUCACACAUAGCUGGUUACGAAGCACCGCAUAGAGAGAACAAUGGUGAAAUUGGUUCUCAGUCCAUGUGGAAGCCUGCCUACGACUUUUUGUACUCUUGGAGUCUGCGUUACGGAGACCGCUACAGAGACAUGAUCCAGGAUCUGCAUCUGGCCCUGGAUAAGAUGAAAAGCCCCGUCACCAGACAGUGGAGACACCUGACUGGGGCACUCAUCACAGUGAACUGCCUCAAUGUCUUACAAGACUCUGCUUUCCCCAAACCUUAAACCUUUUACACUCUGUUGAACAAACAAGAAUUGCUAAACAUGUUAAGCCUUGUGCAAAAUCCAUCCAUCCAUCCAUUAUCUUUU